AUGGACAAAUUGCGUUUCUGCCUACAGGUUGUGGAACGAACCAAUGCAGUUAUACUGAAUUCCGAGAACAUUGUUGUUUCGGAUGCACAUUUCAACAAUGCCAACGCCGACAUUUCCUAUGAUGAGUCACAGGACCUUGUCACCUUCACCUUCCCCAAUGCACUGGAGUCUAUUUAUGCUCGCCGGGCGUUUCCAUGUAUGGAUGAACCGGAUCGAAAGGCCACUUUUGACAUCAGCCUUGUUACCAUGGACAACGAAGUCGCUUUGUCGAAUAUGCCCGAAGUAUCGAGAAAAAUAAUCGCCCCACCCACCGGUCGUCCUGCGCUUCCAGAGGGUCACAAUUACGUAAAAGUACAAUUUGACAAAUCGCCCUACAUGUCCACGUACUUAGUGGCAAUGGUCGUUGGAAAAUUCGACCAUGUUUCCACGAAGGACGCUAAUGGAGUUGAUAUUCGCGUCUUUACACCUCCCGGGAAAAAGGCAUGCGGACAAUUCGCUCUAGAAGUUACCGCAAAAACGUUACCUUUCUACGCUAACCUUUUUGGUCAAAAAUUUCCUCUGCCGAAAUGUGAUCUUGUCGCGCUUCCCGACUUCGGCAGCGGUGCAAUGGAAAACUGGGGUCUUAUAACAUACAGGUAA